GUCUACGUCAUUGCAGAUUUAACCAAUCGGUUUCUCCGUGUUUGACCCGUGGCUGGCAGGGGCUGUGGAGCAGGAGUGUGGCGAUCUGAGGCGGCUGCAAAGCUGACAACUGCUGGAGCGUCCAUGGAAGGGAAUAAACAUGCGAGUGAUAAGAAAGAGAAACUGGCAGAUCAGAUAAUGCAGAAUCCUCAGGUCCUCGCUGCCCUUCAGGAAAGACUUGACAGCGUCUCUCAGACACCUUCAAGCUAUAUUGAAACUUUACCGAAAGCAGUAAAGAGAAGAAUCAAUGCGCUGAAGCAACUUCAGGAGAAAUGUGCACACAUAGAAGCGAAAUUCUACGAGGAGGUGCAUGAGCUGGAAAGAAAGUAUGCAGCUCUGUACCAGCCCCUGUUCGAGAAGAGGAGUCUUGUGGUUUCGGGACAGGAAGAGCCGACAGAUGCAGAGUGUGAAUGGCACAGCGGAGGGGAAGAGGAGGACAAAGACAAAUUAUCUGAAGACGUGAAAAAAAAAAUGACCAUAUCAGAAACCCCAAAUACAGAAGAUGCCAAGGGGAUCCCUGACUUCUGGCUCACAAUAUUUAGGAAUGUAGACAUGAUAAACAUAUCUUUGCAGGAAUACGACGAACCAAUAUUAAAGCACUUGCUGGAUGUAAAAGUGAAAUUCUCUGAGCCAGGGCAGCCAAUGUCUUUCACAUUAGAAUUCCACUUCGAACCCAAUGACUAUUUCACCAAUGAGGUCCUGACAAAAACCUACAAGAUGAAGUCAGAGCCGGACUCUACCGAUCCCUUUUCAUUCGAAGGCCCUGAAAUUGUGGACUGUGAGGGGUGCACUAUUGACUGGAAAAAAGGCAAGAACGUCACAGUCAAAACCAUUAAAAAGAAGCAGAAGCACAAGGGACGCGGCACCGUACGGACGAUCACAAAACAAGUUCCCAAUGAGUCUUUCUUCAACUUCUUCAGUCCAAUCAAAGCCGGAGACGGAGAAGACUUGGAUGAAGAAAUGGAGAAUUCUUUAGCGGCUGACUUUGAACUCGGCCACUUCUUCAGGGAGAGAAUAGUUCCGCGAGCCGUUCUGUAUUUCACUGGAGAAGCCAUUGAGGACGAGGACAGUUUUGAAGAGGGCGAGGAAGGAGAAGAGGAGGAAAUGGAAGGAGAAGAGGAAUGUGAGGAAGAGGAGGAUGAGCCAAAUGCUGAUAAACAGAAAGAAGCAGUCCAGCCUGCUGAGUGCAAACAGCAGUGACCGGGGACGGAUGCAUUUCUAGAGCGAAACCUUUCCAAUAUUCAGGAUUCUACCGUGCUGCAGCAGAUUUUUACGUCAAGGCUUAACUUUUUUAUGCAUGUUUUUUACUUUUUAUUUAUUUUUUUUUCCCUCCUUUUUCUUUUCCUUUCUUACCUUUUUAUCUAGAAAUCUACUGAUGUAUUCUUAGAACUCUCUUUUGGGUUUUGUUGGGUCUUCAGGUGGAGCAAAAGCACAGUCUAAGUCUACACGCUGCGUUUUGGUUUCCCUUCUUUUUUUUUUAAUUUUUUUUCUAUUUGUAUUUUUUUUUUCUUGAUAUAUGCAGCAAAUUUAGGAACUAACCAAAUGUAUAAAAAGACAAAAAAAAUAAAAAUAAACAAAUAUAUAGAUACACUGAAGUGGUGGUUGCAUCACUUUGUCAGCACUGGUCUGCAACCUGUAGCCCUCGAGGGAAGCAGCUCCUAGUGUGUGUCUUGGCAAGCUGGGAGUUGUAGUUUUCUCCUAGUUUAUCAUGGCAGACUGGGAGUUGUAGUUUUCUCCUAGUUUAUCAUGGCAGACUGGGAGUUGUAGUUUGCUCCUAGUGUGUGUUUCCGAAAUGUUAUAAUAUUCUCAAUUUCUUGUAUUUCCAGUGUGCAAUUUGAACGAGUGCCAAUAAACCAUAUAAUUCACCAUCCCUUGAUCUAAAAAAAUAAAAUUUAAAUAAAAAAUUAUAAUGAAAUAAAUUAACCACCCCACCGCAUAUACAUUUAUUUUUUUCCUUAAACUUUAUUUAAAAAAUAAUGUAAAAAAAAUCCCUUGAUCUAAAAAAAAUUAUGAGAUAAAUAAAUUUACUAC